AAUCAUAUAAAUAUACAGAUAUCGGUCACUCAGUUCAGACUGUCAAAUGUAAAUAGUGAAAAUGGCGAAUGUUCCUCUGGGCAUAAAAACUCACGCUCAAAAAGUAUGCAGUCUAUAUAAAAGAUCUUUGCGUAAUUUAGAAGCGUUUUACGAUAGACGUCAUGUCUACCGUUACCAAGCAGUGUUGAUGAGGGAACGCUUCGACAAGAAUGCCAACAUCAAAGACAUGCGUAAAGCUGUUGAACUGCUGAAGGCAGGCGAAGAAGAACUCUUCCUUAACCAACAUCCAAUUCCUAGGAAAUUCCCAUACAGCCAUGGAGGUGUGGCCCAUGAGCGUGAGGUUAGACCACCAGAUUGGGUGCUAGAUUACUGGCACCCAUUAGAAAAGGCUCAAUACCCUGAGUACUUUAAAAAGCGCGAAGAAAGGAAGAAAGAGUUUAUUGCUAUGUGGGAGAAGGAAUAUGGCAAGCCCGAUCCCAAAGAUCACCACCAUUAGAAAUGUGUAUAAUUAUUUAUCAUAGUAAAGUUAUCAUUAAUCA